AUGAAGUUCACUCCUGAUAUAACUAUCAAGCUUGUGUCUGGACUGAAGUACACGAUUGAAGUGGAGAUCGGCCGGACAACUUGCCCCAAGCCAGCAACUGAUCUCCAGAGCUGUGCUUUCCAUGAUGAGCCACAGAUGGCUAAGCGCAACACUUGUGAAUUUGUAGUGUACACUGUUCCUUGGCUGAACCAAAUUAAACUACUGACCACUCGCUGCCAGUAA